GAAGGAAUAAAAGACAAAGACAAUCUCCUCCUAUUCCUAUUAACACCAGUAAUGCUAUCAUCUCUCAACUGUAGAUUUUUUUUAGGUUCAGGGAUUGGGAUAUUCUGCUUCUUCUAAAAAGAUGAAUUAUUCCAUUACUCAUAUCACGACACACCACCUUAUUCCUAUUCCUUUUCAAACCCAUGUUUUGUUGCAGUAGUAAAAGAUUCUCGUAUCCCACCUAUCAUCUUCCCUUUUCCAAUAUCUAUCUUGUAUUAGAUUUUACAUUUUAGAUCAAAAUAAAUUUAAUUAUUUUUUUUAUUUAAUAUCUAACAUAUCAUAAUCUUGGCAUGUCAAAUUAUUAUUACGUGUGUGAUUAAACACACAGAGAGAGUGGGGGCGGCCUCUCAAAACACAAAAAACCAACCACAAAAUAUUAGCUUCAUUCUUCUUCUUCUUCUUCUUCUUUCUCUUUCUCCAUAGAUUCUCUCUUUCUUUAUUUUCUCUAGAUUCUCUCUUUCUUUAUUUUCUCUCCACUCACAGUCUCUCCCUCUGCUUCAAUUUACCUAGCUUCCUCUUUCAGCUAUCCCAACUUCUGUCAUCAUCUACGUACAGUUUGUAGGUGGUGCUGAUGUCUACUCCUGCGAGGAAGAGGCUAAUGAGAGAUUUUAAGAGGUUGCAGCAGGAUCCACCCGCUGGCAUCAGUGGGGCACCCCAAGACAACAAUAUUAUGCUCUGGAAUGCUGUCAUAUUUGGCCCUGAUGAUACUCCAUGGGACGGAGGCACAUUCAAGCUGACUCUUCAGUUUACAGAGGAUUAUCCAAACAAGCCCCCAACAGUGCGAUUUGUUUCUCGAAUGUUUCAUCCAAAUAUUUAUGCUGAUGGAAGUAUAUGUUUGGAUAUUUUACAAAACCAAUGGAGUCCUAUAUAUGAUGUAGCUGCUAUACUCACGUCUAUCCAGUCAUUGCUCUGUGAUCCCAAUCCAAACUCUCCUGCAAAUUCAGAAGCUGCUCGGAUGUUUAGUGAGAACAAGCGCGAGUACAACCGGAGAGUAAGGGAAAUAGUGGAGCAGAGCUGGACAGCAGACUAGCCCCAUGUGAAAUUUUCAAAGGCAUGUUUUAGUGAACAUUGCCAAUUCGUUACCUAAUGUCUGGAGCUGUUGAACUUCUCCUGAAUCUCUCAUGUCAUCUUUUCAUAAUAUGAAUGUUAGAACUAUUUGAUCGGUAUUAUACUAUGACUGUUGUGUGUGGUGUGUAUCUGUGCUUGUGUAAAAUAGUAUUUUAUGCUUCAAUUUGCGUUUAGUUUUCAUGAAAUGUCAUGCAUUCAUAUACAAGUGGUCUGAUUUAUUGCGAAUUAGAGGAAUUGCCACAUCUUGAAGGAGAGAUUAAUAAGAUGUUCAACAAGCUAUUCAUCAU